UUAUUCAGGUGCUUUUUCUCUUAGAACCAAAGAAAUACAUGAAGCACAUCUGAAGACUGCACAGGACACUGAAACGAGUUGCUGUGGUGUGAAGCGAGCUUGCCCUUUAACUGAGCAUCUUAACCAUUUUCACGUCAGCACAGGCUAUCCCCCAGAUAUAGUGCACGAUUUGUUUGAGGGGGUUGUCCCAUUUGAACUAGCACUGUGUUUGAGCAUUCUGAUAUCGAAGAAGUAUUUUAGUCUUGAAUCUCUUAACACAUGUAUCCUCAAGUUUCCUUUUAAGUGGAGUGACAAAAAGAAUCGGCCUCACCUUAUACCACACACCUAUUCCAGUAGGAAGACAGUAGGUGGCAACGCCCAUGAAAAUUGGUGCCUUAUAUGUUUCCUUCCAUUUCUGAUAGGAGACCUUAUACCAGAAGGUGAGCUUGCUUGGCAAGUGAUAUUAGACCUGAAGGAAAUCGUGGAGUUAGUUGUGGCACCUGUUCACAGCAAAGAGACAAUCGCCUACCUUGAUGUCAAAGUGUCUGAGCACAGACAGAGACUACGUGAGCUUGUCCCAGAGUUGGAUCCAGACGUAUGGUGACCCUGAAGAGACACAUCGUCAUCAAAGAUUAGCAAAGCAGGAUGGCAGGACGAGUAACUUUCAGAGUCCUCUUUGGAGGUGAAGACGAUGCAAGAAAACUCACCAUUGAAUCUGGAAUACCAAACACUGUGGAGGAAUUCGCUCUUCAAAUAAAGACUUUCUUCCAAGUGACUGAGCCAUUCAGACUUCAGUACAGAGACAGAGAAAUGGAUGAUCAGUUCAUGAACCUCUUGUCAACUUCAGAACUUGAAGAUAAAGCUACUGUGAAAGUAGUGUACAUACCUUCUGAGACAACCAGCUCUAAUCCACUCUCAAGGGAUACCAGCCCUACAAUCCCAGGUACUCCUUCCAGUGUCAACUCCUCAUCACAUGAGCCAAAUGAUUCAGACUCCUACAGCAGCAAUGAUACCAUCAUCUUGUCAUCGCCCGAGACCCGGUCCUGUUCUUGGCCCAAAGUCUUUGUUGUUCCUCGCUUCUCAUACUUUGCUGAGAUGAUGCUCCACACUGGAAAUGAUGAGUUCAGUGCACACGGAACUUUGCUGUCUCCGACCCCAAAAACACGUUCUGAUAUUCUUGAGGGCCUAGCUGAAGAAAUCAUGAAGUAUACAGCAUAUCCAAAGGAUGAGCAGUUAGAAGAAGUGGCCAAGGCUCUGAUACAGUCCCAUCCAUGUCUCCUGGAGAAAGGCACUCGCAGUGGCUACUGUGGUUGGAAGCACUACUUGAAAAUAAAGAUGAUGAACUUCAGAUCAAAGCUUAGCCGAGCUGGACAUCGUGAGGUUGCAGUCAACUCUCUGAAGAAUAAACGGAAAGGCCAGGAGAAGCCAGCAGCCAACAUCAAGAAGCCCAGGAAGGCAGAAGUUAAUUUCUGUCCAAACAUUCCCAGAGGUGAAACAAGAGAGAGAAUGGAGGCAGAUAGGGUAGCUCUACUGUCAGAGGUAAAAAAGAAGAAAAAGGAUGAGGCUGCAAUCAGGAAGAUGAUGCAGUAUACCUUCUCGAUCAGGAGGCAGGAGGUUCUCCAGGAGCCAGCCAUUCCAGACUUCCAAAACAGAUGGCCAGCACUCUUUGAUGUCAGUGAGAUCAACUUGGAGUUUAUGCGACUGACAACUGUACCUCUGACCUCCAAAUUCCUGGGAGAACUGGAUCGUCAGACCGACAACCUGAUCAAGGUUUUUAAUGCCAAAGGUGGAGCUACAGGAAGAAAGAUCACCACCAUAAUGGCCCAGAUGGAUAAUAACAAACACACCAACGUGAGGCGUGAUUGUGUGCUGAGCUGUCUGAGCAUCUACCUCAAUGAAGACCUGGGCACGCUGGUUAAAGAAUAUGUGGACAUUGAAUCCAGAGAGGCUGAGGCAGACAUUGCAGAGAAAACCAUGGGCAUCUACACAGUCCGAGCAGAGGGUCAUGGUUCUGAUGAUUCUGAUGGUCCAGGUGAUGGACGCUUUGCUGAUGUCGGUGUUGUGCUGGAAGGCGUGGAAGUCCUCCAUAACCUGCAGAGUAUCAGCCAUGCAUGCGUGAUGCUUUAUGGACUGAUCUACGCACUCAACUUGAGCUAUCCAAAAAGCCUGAAGCGUACAUUCGAGGUGUACCAAAAAAUCCUGAUGGACCUGGACUCAACCAAGCUUUCACCAAAAGUACAGGCACUGAAACUCAAAUUGCUUCAGUGAUUUGGCUGGCAAUAAUGCACUUACAGAGCUCAUUCCUCAUUUUUCUUUUUGCUUUUUUCCCCUGGUUAGACAGGAUCUUGUGUUUAAAUAAUCCCUUAGUUCUUGAAGGGUACUUCAAGGAAAUACCUGUUUGUUAAAUGCGUAUCUGUAAAAGAUUUUUAUUUAGUUUUGGUGUCCAAAUAUGCCUCAGCUCAAACAGUAUUUUUC